AUUGGUCGUGGAUUGGUUCGAUUUUUGCCCGGGAUCUUCUUGUACUCGCCGCUCGGCGAUGGUAACUAUGCACUGAAAUAUACCCCCAUCGCUCUCACCCUCGAAUCAAUUCUCUAUUUUAUACCAUUCUCUCUUCUUCUUCACUUUCUCUUUGUAUAUAUACACAUUUGUACUGUCUAUAUAUAAUCACGCCCUCAUCAAUUUGAUCUAGUGUUUGUAUUAAAUUUUUUAUUGCAAAUGCAUAACUUGGAGCAUUUAUGUAAGAAUUUGAUUGCAAGUCAUGAUGAUUUGAGAUCAAAGAGUAAUUUGGAGUUAGAAAGCUUUGUUGGAAGAGGUGGGUUGUUUUUGGAAGAGUCGGUUCCUGCAUCAUUUGUUUCUUUGGUUUCUUCGAGUAAAUCGGUUUCAAUAACAGUUUCAUAUUGUCAGAGGAGAGGGAGGAGCCGCCGAAGGGGGCUGAUCGGCGGUGGUAGGUUUCUGUCAGUGACACUGUCGUCAGUUAAAGAUGGUGAAGAGUUUGGUGCGGAGGAGUCAGUGUCUGGUGGCGCUGUAGGGAAUAUUGGGGAAAAGAGUGGGGAGAAUGGGAAUGGGAAUGAUAGUGAAACGGUGGCGUUCAGGGAGGUUGUUAAGGAAGAGAAGGGGAGGCUUCACGGAGGAGGUGGCAGAGGUACUUUGAACACUGCUAAGCAUCUUUGGGCUGGCGCUGUUGCUGCCAUGGUAUCGAGAACUUUUGUUGCUCCAUUGGAGAGACUGAAACUGGAGUAUAUUGUCCGUGGUGAACAGAAGAAUCUUUAUGAGCUUAUUAAGACAAUAGCAUCUUCUCAAGGGCUCAGAGGAUUCUGGAAAGGAAAUUUUGUCAAUAUUUUACGUACAGCUCCAUUUAAAUCUAUCAAUUUCUAUUCUUACGAUACAUACAGAAACCAACUUCUCAAGUGGUCUGGCAAUGAGGAGACAACAAAUUUUGAAAGGUUACUUGCUGGUGCAGCAGCUGGAAUUACUGCAACUGUGCUCUGUAUACCUAUGGACACUAUCAGGACUGUUAUGGUAGCUCCAGGGGGGGAAGCCUUGGGAGGAUUAAUUGGUACUUUCCGUCACAUGAUCCAAACUGAAGGAUUCUUUUCUCUUUAUAAGGGCUUAGUUCCCUCUAUCAUUAGCAUGGCACCUUCUGGUGCUGUUUUUUAUGGUGUUUACGAUAUAUUAAAAUCAGCAUAUUUGAAUUCACCCAAAGGAAAAAUAAGGAUUCAACAUAUGAAACAACAAGGUGAAGAUUUGAAUGCUUUUGAACAACUCGAGCUGGGCCCAGUCAGAACUUUGAUAUACGGAGCAAUUGCGGGUGCAUGUUCUGAAGCUGCUACAUACCCAUUUGAAGUUGUGAGAAGACAGCUUCAGAUGCAAGUUCGAGCAAAAAAGAUGAAUGCAUUGCAAACUUGCAUUAAGAUAGUCGAACAAGGUGGCGUUCCUGCUCUCUAUUCUGGAUUGAUCCCGAGUUUAUUACAGGUUCUACCAUCGGCUGCCAUUAGUUAUUUUGUCUAUGAGUUCAUGAAGAUAGUCCUUAAGGUGGAAUAAAAUAAGCACGAUUACUAGUAAUAUGCUAAUGAAGAUUGCUGACAAUAAAAUUUACAUCUUGAAGAAUGGCCGACCAUAAGUUUUUAUGGCCUCCGAUUUGGUUGUCUCAACAAGAAGAUUUACAGCACAUUCCUCAUUCAUCCCGUAAAAGAAUAAUCUCUCAUUAGAAUAGGCUACUGUCAAGGGGACUAGGUCAGGUUUCGAGAAUCACGUCCCUUGUUAGUGAAAAAUGCUCAGGUUUUAAUGUCUUUUGAUGCAAGAAUAGCAAUUUUUCUCAUGUAACUUGAUGUUCUCUAUUUGCAAAUGCCUGCAUUCCUCGGACAUGUUUCAUAAUUUGCUGCUUAUCUACUAGUUAAUUGUGUUGAUCAAGUCGUAGCUGUCAUAAUUUAAAGCACUGGAAGAACAUUCGAAAAUGUGCAAGGUUUUAAUUUGCUAGAUACAAGGAAAGAACUAUUUUAUCUA